UGUUCACUUAUACGACAUGAACGUCGGCGGCCUACCGGCCGGUCUCAUACGAAUGUGGGCGGCCUACCGGCCGCAUACGGAUGUGGGCCUGACGUGAACUCAGCAACUACAUUGCUGUGACAACUAGAAAUCGAGCAACAUGAAACACCAUAUGCAGCUUACCUAAUGCUGUUGACUAGAUUUUUACGGAAGGAGGAACAAUAAGUCGGAUUACAAUCAGCUGAUUGCUGUCGUCUGCAUAUGAAAACAAACGCAGGCGCCGUAGCAACCAUACGCAUGGAAUCGAACGAACGAACGGAUUUAUUUUACGAAUAUCUGUAAUCUAAAUUUAGCGCGAGAAAAUAAACAAACCACCGAGAAAUGGUUCAGGAAAUCUCAGAAAGACUUAUCCUUCAUUGGAACUAUCGUGGGUUUUCCUCAUUUCCAGACGAAUUGUGCGUCUGUGGUAGUCAUGUGUGUGAGCUGUAUCUGAAAUACAACAACAUUACACGCCUGCCAGAUUGGAUUGAUACCAUGACAAAUUUGACAAACAUCUACCUUCAAGCCAAUUACCUGACGGAGUUGCCUGAAGCGAUUCAGUUUCUAACCAGUUUGAAGACGCUGGAUGUCAGCCAGAAUCAUCUGUCCCAAAUUCCAGCAUCGAUAGGGAAACUUGUGGAACUGAGGAGUAUCAUACUGACUCAAAACAAACUAAGUUAUCUGCCCAACUCGCUGGGAAAUCUUCCACACCUCACAACACUACUUUUGAGUAGCAACAGAUUAGCUCAGCUGCAAGAUUCGUUGCACCAGUGCCUCCAUUUGGAGACCCUCCAGCUUGACUUCAACAACUUUACUAGUUUACCAAGUUUCCUGACACGCCUCCCACGGCUCCAGCGAUUAUCAGUCUGCUCUAAUCAGCUUACACAACUGCCUCACCUACCCUUCGCCAGCUUGGAGCGUUUCCUCUGCGAUAACAAUCCCAACCUAACUUACCUACCUUACCCGCUGGCUUGCCAGAUGAAUCGACCGCCAGCCCUGCCGCUGGCCACCCGUAACGUUCUGCACAUUUCUUGCCAUGGAUGUUUCAAGCCAUCCGGAAAGCGAAGAGACCAAGUGCUGGCGCCCAAUGUUCUCGUCAAAGAUUCACCAGAAGGAAUAGCUCUCCAUUUCCUGCCGGAUAUUAUCGACAUUCCUGGCUCCAAUGCGCCGCCCAGUUUGCUUGAGCUCACUUUGCGGUCCAUUUGUUUGCGAAUCUUUAACGAACCGCUCGACACAAGUUUCGACCGGAAGAACCAGCUCCACCACUUCCAGUCCAACUAUCACCUCGCCUACGACCGGCGGAUCGGCGAAUUUUGUCUACCGUCGACUCUAAUUCAACUUUUGCGGGACGGCCCAGCCGCCAUCUGCUUGGCAUGUGGGGCGUUCAUCUUCCGCGGGCCGGCACAUCCGGUCUUUCUGUCCAAAUUCAUCGUUGAAAACGAACGUGCCGUCCAGGACCUCCAGUCGGUGGUCUGCUCUUUACUAUUCUGCUCGGCUUCCUGUUUCCGGACGGCCGCCACAACUGCUGGCGCCGUGGCAGCUGCCGGACUUGAAGACCGACUCGAUUGGGAAUGCAUCACACAUCUCACGACAAGUACCAAUUAGUUGGUGGUAAGAUAUCUUUGUCGGAAAUGUGUUUUUUUUUUGUUUUUUUGCUCCCCCCCUCUCUUUCUUUGACUUCUAUUUUUACUCCCGCCGCCGCCCCAAGUGGUUCCGAGUACAUACACUUGAGUGAUGAAAUCCCGGGGAUAUUUUAUCCACGGCAAAAGGAGAGGAAGAAGGAUGGCAUCGGUCCCUAUAGACAGAUAUAUUGCGUCAUUCGUGCUGGGGGGGUCGGGUGCUGCUUGCCGGAUUAAUGUGAAAACAGUUCGUCGUUGUUUACUUCUCCAAAAACACACAACUUUAGUCUCUCUACUUUAUUUGUUAGCUUUACCUCCCGCCAGCUAAUCUAAUUGGGGGGGGGAGCAUUGUCGGUGUACUGCUGCUGCUGCUGCUGAGAAACGAAGUUGUAGUAUCGCACUUGUAUCGCCGAGCGAGAUGAGAGAAAGUUGAAAAUUGAAAUUGCUUCAGGUGCGCGCGCGCAACUGCGAUCGAUAGCAAACGACUGCAACAUCUAUAUAUCCGAAACGCUUUCUUGGUAAUUUGCUUUGAAACACAAUAAAUAACGAUUUGUU